AAGAAACUCCAAAAGAAAACACAAAGAUGGAAAAGACAGAAAUAUCCCAGUAAAAGCAAGCUGGAGAACUAAAAAACCAGUUCACUACUCCACUCUCUACCUUUCUUUAUUCCCACCACUAAAAAAGAAAUCAAAACAAAAACUUUCUCCAUAAUUUCCAAACUCCUCUCUCUCUCUCGCUCUGUCUCUCUCAUGGAUCGCUCACUCAUCUCUGCAUCCCUUCUCACUCUUCUUCUCUCCCUCUCAUCUUUUCAUUUUGUAGAUUCCACAACUUUCAAGAUCGUCAACAAGUGUCGGCACACGAUAUGGCCCGGAAUACUAACAGGCGCCAACAGGACAGUACUCACCCCCACCGGCUUCACUCUCGAGCCGGGCAAAUCCCGGACCCUCACAGCCCCCAAAUCCUGGUCGGGUCGGUUAUGGGCUCGGACCCUCUGCUCCCACGACUCCUCUGGCAAAUUCUCUUGCGCCACCGCCGAUUGCGGCUCCGGCAUGGUCGAGUGCGCCGGCGCCGGCGCUAUCCCUCCGGCCACUCUAGCCGAAUUCACUCUCAACGGCGAUCAAGGGCUCGAUUUCUACGACGUGAGCUUGGUCGAUGGCUACAACCUCCCGAUUCUGGUGAUCACGGUGGGAGGUACAAGCGGGGGAUGCAGCUCCACCGGGUGUUUGGUGGAUCUCAACGGCGGUUGUCCGGCGGACCUGAGGGUGGCGAGUGGGAAUUUGGGAGUCGCAUGUAGGAGCGCGUGUGAGGCGUUUGGGGAUCCGCAGUAUUGCUGUAGCGAGGGUUUUAGUACGCCGGACACGUGUCAGCCGUCGGUGUACUCGCAGUUUUUUAAGCACGCGUGUCCGCGAUCCUAUAGCUAUGCUUAUGAUGAUAAGACCAGCACGUUUACUUGUGCAGCUGCGGACUACCUUAUCAUUUUCUGCCCUUUGCCGUAUACCAGUGAAAAAUUGCUGGAACUACGAAGGGAAACAGCCGAGCUGCCCCUAGUGAACAAAACCAUGAUGUACAUUGGGCACCAACAUUCAAGCGGAGGUUCAUCGUCAGGUUUAGUUCCCGUGCAAAUUAUCAUAUGUGCAGUCUCCAUUUUAGCAGCAAUUUCGCAGUUUUAGCUGCUCUUAUAUCUCCUCGUAUGACUAACAUUGCUGGACACUUUCAGGCUGAUCUACAAAAAAAACUCCCACUGAAGUGUGGGAUGUCUCUUCUGAGUCCCAUUGCCAUACUAGCUCAAAUUCUUCUGUUCUGAAGUGUGGGUCGGAGAAGGGGGGUUCUAUGUGUAGGUGGACCUCCUCCCCCCCACCCACACGAGCCACAAGUCAUCUUGUACAUAAGCUCUCCCGUCUGCUCUUCUAUUCUUUCCCUUUCCAUGAUUCGAAAACAUAAGAAAUUCAAAAUUAGGAGGAAUAGUAAGUUUUGAGAAGUAGAUUCCUAUAUUCAAGAGAAAAUCCAGUGGUCUCUAGAUCACUGAGAAAAUGUAUUCCCUAGCUGAUCAGAUUAGUUUCACUAGGCUAUGUGGAAGAAUGCUUUUAGUUUGCAGCUGAAUGCUGGCAACUCUGACUUUUCCUCUCAUGGUGCAUGCAUGUGUUACGGUCUCAAGGCUGCUGAAUUUAAGCUUGUGCUAAUAUGUGAUCAUUGUGAUGUUUUGACAUAGCUUUUUAACUAGUAACAAGUUUGAUUGGUCUGAACAUUUUUUACUUUUUUUUGUCUUCCUGUAUUUUUGGGUAAUGUGUUUGUUUGUAUUAGAUAUAUUUAGUGUACACAUUGUAAUAGGUCUAUGUUAGAGAUGUUUCAUCAUGGCAGACACUGUAGCACUUGUAAAAUAGAUUUUAAAAAGCUUUAUUAGUUUUGUUUAUUUCAUAAUUCCUUAUCUUUCCUUGUCUUAAUUUGUUAUUAUUCAUCCAUAAGAAUGUAAACAGUAAGAUACUGGGAUGAUUUUGCCCAACA